CAACCUUAACGGAACGUUCAUUAAAUUAAAUUUUCAAUAAAGAAACAGUUUAGAAUCUAAUAAAGUGAUUAAAAUGAAGCUAACGUUAAGCCUCAUUGGCCUAUCGCUGGUAUUUGCCUCACUAAUUGUUCCCCAAACUGAGGCGGCUAGAAUUUUGGGCAUAUUUCCCUCACCCUCCAAGUCUCAUCUGCUUAUACACUGUGCCGUGGCCGACACCUUAGCCGAGGCGGGUCAUGAAGUCACUGUCAUCUCAACAGUGCCCAAUUUAUAUAAGAGAGCCAAGUACAAUUUCAUACAUGUCCAAGGAGCAAUGUACGAUGAGAAAUUUGCAAACAAAAUGGUCAAUAAACCGGCUCCGGCAUAUGUGAAAUUUUACAACGUUAUGUCCUCGGUCAUGACCAUGGCUAAUACUACCAUUAAUCAUCCCACUAUGCAGGACUUUUUGCAACAUCACAAAGCGGGUGACUUUGAUUUAGUGAUUUUGGGUUAUUUUAUGAACGAUUUCUUUUUGGGCAUCGGAGCCCAUUUCCAAUGUCCCGUAAUAGUGUCAUUUAUGGUGCAGCCCAUUUUUCCCAUUAAUAAUAUGAUUGCUAAUCCCUUAGAGGCUUCCUAUGUACAAACAAUAUUUAGUGGUGUACGCCAGCCCAUGGAUUUCUGGAGUAGAGUAAAGAAUUUACUUUCCGUAGCCAUCGAAGAGAUUGUUCUAAUGAAUGUUUUGAGAUCGAAUAUGAACAAAAUGUACAG